GCGGCUGCUCAGGGGCGUGGCUGCUGCGGAGCAUCCUUCAGCCCAAAAGAGCCCCAGCUCCAGCCGCGCUUUGUUCGGUAGGCAACCUCCGCUGCCCUCAGGUGUCUGCAUCCCUUUCUCACCUCCCGGCUCUCUCCUCCUGCCCUCUUCCUGCAUCUGGGCCUGCAUCCUUUCCCCCAACCUCUGAGUCCUCACCCUGCCCUCACUCCUUCCCCAAACUUCUGGCCAGCGCCCUGGCCUGGUACCCUUCUCUCCAAUCCUGCGUCCUGAAUCUUCUUUCUCCUGAUUCCCUCGCGGGUUCCUCUUUUCCCAAGGCCCAAGUCUCUCCGCCCUGCCCGGUUCCUCCAAGUCAGGAAUGUCCCCCGCAGGCUGGUGCCCAUGGUCCUGACGCUGCUCCUCUCCGCCUACAAGCUGUGCCGCUUCUUCGCCAUGUCGGGCCCACGGCCCGGCGCCGAGCGGCUGGCGGUGCCAGGGCCGGAUGGGGGCAGUGGCGCGGGGCCGUGGUGGGCUGCGGGCGGCCGUGGUCCCCGCGAAGUGUCACCUGGGGUGGGCAGCGAGGUGCAAGGCGCCCUGGAGCGUGCACUGCCCGAGUUGCAGCAGGCGCUGUCUGCGCUGAAGCAGGCCGGCGGCGCGCGGGCAGUGGGUGCCAGCUUGGCCGAGAUCUUUCAGCUGGUGGAGGAAGCCUGGCUGCUGCAGUCUGUGGGCCGCGAAGUGGCCCAGGGUCUGUGUGACGCCAUCCGCCUGGACGGUGGCCUCGACCUGCUGUUGCGGCUUCUGCAGGCGUCUGAGCUGGAGAUUCGAGUGCAGGCCGCUCGCCUGCUGGAGCAGAUCCUGGUGGCUGAGAACCGGGACCGCGUUGCGCGCAUCGGGCUGGGCGUGAUCCUGAACCUGGCAAAGGAGCGCGAACCCUUGGAGCUGGCGCGAAGUGUGGCAGGCAUCUUGGAGCACAUGUUCAAGCACUCGGAGGAGACGUGUCAACAGCUGGUGGCUGCCGGCGGCCUGGACGCGGUGCUGUACUGGUGCCGCCGCACAGACCCCGCGCUGCUGCGCCACUGCGCGCUGGCGCUGGCCAACUGCGCGCUGCACGGGGGCCAGGCGGUGCAGCGGCGCAUGGUGGAGAAGCGCGCCGCGGAGUGGCUCUUCCCGCUCGCCUUCUGCAAGGAGGACGAGCUGCUGCGACUGCAUGCUUGCCUCGCGGUGGCGGUGUUGGCAACCAACAAGGAGGUGGAGCGCGAGGUGGAGCGUUCAGGGACGCUGGCGCUCGUGGAGCCGCUUGUGGCCUCGCUAGACCCCGGCCGCUUCGCCCGCUGCCUGGUGGACGCCAGCGACACAAGCCAGGGCCGCGGGCCAGACGACCUGCAGCGCCUCGUGCCGCUGCUCGAUUCGUCGCGCUUGGAAGCGCAGUGCAUCGGGGCUUUCUACCUCUGCGCUGAGGCUGCCAUCAAGAGCCUGCAAGGCAAGACGAAGGUGUUCAGCGAGAUUGGUGCCAUCCAGAGCCUGAAACGCCUCGUUUCGUACUCCACCAAUGGUACCAAGUCGGCGCUGGCCAAGCGCGCACUGCGCCUGCUGGGUGAGGAGGUGCCGCGGCCCAUCCUGCCCUGCGUGGCCAGCUGGAAGGAGGCCGAGGUCCAAAUGUGGCUGCAGCAGAUAGGCUUCUCCCAGUACUGCGAGAGCUUCCGGGAGCAGCAGGUGGAUGGCGACCUGCUCCUGCGGCUCACUGAGGAGGAACUCCAGGCCGACCUGGGCAUGAAAUCCGGCAUCACUCGCAAAAGGUUCUUUAGGGAGCUCACGGAGCUCAAGACCUUCGCCAACUACGCUAUGUGCGACCGCAGCAACCUGGCCGACUGGCUGGGCAGCCUGGACCCGCGCUUCCGCCAGUACACCUACGGCCUGGUCUGCUGUGGCCUGGACCGCUCCCUGCUGCACCGCGUGUCAGAGCAGCAGCUCCUGGAGGACUGUGGCAUCCACGUGGGCGUGCACCGCACCCGCAUCAUCGCAGCCGCCCGAGAAAUGCUACACUCCCCACUGCCCUGCACUGGCUGCAAGCCCAGCGGGGACACCCCGGAUGUCUUCAUCAGCUACCGCAGGAGCUCAGGCUCCCAGUUGGCCAGCCUCUUGAAAGUGCACCUGCAGCUGCAUGGCUUCAGUGUCUUCAUUGAUGUGGAGAAGCUGGAAGCUGGCAAGUUUGAGGACAAGCUCAUCCAGAGUGUCAUGAGUGCCCGCAACUUCGUGCUGGUGCUGUCAGCCGGGGCACUGGACAAGUGCAUCGAGGACCAUGACUGCAAGGACUGGGUGCACAAGGAGAUUGUGACUGCUUUAAGCUGUGGCAAGAACAUCGUGCCAAUCAUUGAUGGCUUCGAGUGGCCUGAGCCCCACGUCCUGCCUGAGGACAUGCAGGCUGUGCUUACCUUCAAUGGCAUCAAGUGGUCCCACGAGUACCAGGAGGCCACCAUUGAGAAGAUCAUCCGUUUCCUGCAGGGCCGCUCCUCCCGGGACUCAUCUGCGGGCUCUGACACCAGUUUGGAAGGUGCUGCACCCAUGGGCCCGACCUAAUCCGUCCCCAGUUCCCAAGUCCUGCUGUGACUCCCAUGUCCAUCAUCCUCUCUAAAGGACCAGCUCCUGCAACUGGCCUCCCUGGGCUGAGACAGCCUGGGCUCUUCUCAGGAAAUGGCUCU